AUGACUGAACACUGGUCGUGGUUGACGGGAUCUGGGGCGGCGGAGUACACGUAUAGCCCUCCAACGAGGCCCAGCCGCCCCCCUCACAGGCCGCUGGUGAAACUGGCUACCAGCGCUCACCUCCAUACUAUAGCCAGACAUAUGCCAAGCGAUGCCAAGCCAAGGCCAUGGCUACUUCAUGAUAGCGUAGCUUCAGUGUUGUCAGCCAAGCCUGCCCGUGUCAUGUCACAGCUAAUAGAAUCUCACUUGAGAGCUUUAUUCUGUAAUGGGUAUUGUUUGUUGUUGGCCGUGGCUGCCACCCUCGCCUCCUCGGUCAGAGGUACUGCGGAGGUGAUGAGUCAUGUCACCGCGCAUUUUGGGAAGGCCCUUGAAGAGUGCAGAGAGGAGUCUGGUCUUUCCCCGGAGAUCAUGGAGGAGUUUAAGCACUUUUGGAGCGAAAACUUCGAAAUAGUCCACCGGGAGCUGGGUUGUGCCAUCAUCUGUAUGUCGAACAAGUUCAGUCUGAUGCAGGACGAUGCCAGAAUGCACCACGUCAACAUGGACGAUUACAUCAAAACCUUUCCUAACGGCGAAGUCCUCUCCGCCAAGAUGGUGGAUCUGAUACACAAUUGCGAGAAGCAAUACGACGACAUGACGGAUGACUGCGAACGAGUCGUCAAAGUGGCAGCCUGCUUCAAGACCGACGCCAAGAAGGAAGGCAUUGCACCCGAAGUCACCAUGAUCGAAGCUGUCAUGGAGAAAUACUAA